AUGGAAGUGGAGGAGACGGGGAGAUUGGAGAUUUCCCAAAACUCGGGUCCUGCUGGAGUACCUGCUCAUAAUUUCCGCGGCAACGUACAUGCGCGUAGCCCUCGCCGGUUCCCCGUUCCUAAGUCACCAAAAAUCAAGCUGGCCUGGGGCAAUCAUAACCGCACUCCCAGGAAAAGCUUCACGGCUGCUGGUCGCACUCUUUCUAACGCUCCUGAACACGGCGCUGGCUAUGAGAAAGACAGGGGGCAGGCUCGGGCUGCUGCUGCUGGGCCCAUGGCCCGGUCUAAGUCGGUGGGCGCAUUCCAGGGAAGGGUGAAUCCAGAGAAGGCGAAGUGGGUCGAUGUGGCUAGGGCUCCCGCGGCUUGCGAGGAGAAGGCCCAUCCCGCCGCUGCUGUGGAAAAGGCCCAUAGACGCAGGCUCAUACUAUCGGCAUCGGAGGAUGAGCCCAUUGUCGACCCUCCAAAGCUGAAAAAAGAAAAAGCAGUGAUGGGUGGAAGGAAGAGGUUGGUGAAGGCAGCUACAAAAGCGGUAAUAAUGGAUGAUAUAAUUGUGGCUCUGCCAAAUAUCAGUCCACCAUCUUCUGGACAAGGUGAACCGCGGCAGGCUGGCCAUGAUACGAACAAGAAAAAGGGCCGGGCUGUGGCGAGGAGGAAGCAUAAGCUCCAAAUCCCGGAGGGACUGGUACCGGCGGUUGGGGAAGGGACGAGUAGCUUGUCAAUUAAGACAAGCUCCCCUCCUCGUCAUACUGCUGAUGGUGUGACGGUAAUGACCCCCUCCAGUGCUUUGGUGGACUUAGCAGCAUCCUUGUCGGAGGAAGAGGAUAACUGCUUUGAGAUUAAGGGGUGGUUUGGAAGUUGA